AUGCAUCAAGAGACGCAUCACGUAUCGACCUCCGUCGAGCCUAAUUAUGACACCGACGAGGCCUCAAUAUACCCUGACUCACUUGAUAACGUCAGCUACACCACAAGCGUGACAUCGAGCGUGCUGGACUAUCAAAUGGUCGCAGAUAUCAUUCAUACCAUGAAGGAGAAUACAUUCUACCAAAUGAUGAACGCGAACAAGAUCGCCUUGAUCUACCACCACAUUUACCUAAUGCUCCUCAAGGGAGAAUUGUUCCGAGCACCAAUCAAAAAUCCAGAGCGAGUACUAGAUCUCGGGACAGGAACAGGUUUAUGGGCAAUCGAGUAUGCAGAUACAUACCCAAAUUCACAGGUGAUUGGAAUUGACCUAAGCGCCAUUCAGCCAUCAUGGGUGCCUCCAAACUGCCGCUUCGAGAUAGACGACUUUGAACAACCAUGGUCAUAUAGCAAACCCUUUGACUAUAUCCAUGGGCGCGAAUUGGAAGGUUCCAUCCGUGACCAUGAGAUUCUCUUCAAACAGGUCUUUAACAAUCUGAAUCCCAAUGGAUGGUUCGAGAUAGCGAGCUUCGAUGUCAACACAUAUUCGGACGACGGAACUCACCUCGGCGCAACAAAUUUGCUUCUAUCCAUUGAGCACAUGCACGAAUCAUCGCGCAUGUUUGGCAAGGACAUGACAUCGUCUCUAUCUUGGAAAGAUUGGAUGAUAAAGGCCGGGUUUGUGAAUGUCAUAGAAGACGUCUAUAAGCUGCCCCAAAGUCCAUGGCCCAAAGACCCCAAGCUCAAGGAGCUUGGUCGGUACCAUCAACUCAACAUGCUUGAAGCUAUUCCAAUUUACACAUAUGCAUUGUUUUCAAGAGUGCUUGGGUGGACACGCGCCGAGAUUGAGGGGCUGUUGGCAGGAAUUCGAAUGGAGUUGCGGGAUACAUCAUAUCACCUGUACACGAAAGCGCGGGUAGUUUACGGUCAGAAACCCGGAGACCAGUGA